GAAAAGGAAGCGUGUUAGUCGCUCCCUUUGGCGUCAACUCCAGAGUUGACCUCGCCUCCCACUGGUGCUGAUUUACAUUUUAAAGAAGCAAAAAAAAACAAUGGAAAUAUGUCAUAAGACGGUGUUAGAACACACAUUAAGUCCCUCAGUAACUUAAGUGUAAGCAUGUACAUUUAUUCAUUUAUUUUAUGAGGCUUCAUUGAAGUGUAAUAAUAAUAAUUAAUGAAUAAGCCCAGAGAUCCUUAGUUACUUUAAUUAAUGUUACACAACUGUAACAUUCAAAACAGGGUUUCUUUUUGUCUUUCAUUUUGCUAAUCACUUAUAUUUUUUGGUACGUACAUGCUGCGUUGCAUAGCAACCAUUGCAAAUAGGCCCUUUGGGUUUGGAGAAGGACUGGAUGUAAUGGCAACAGCACUAUUGGUGAGGGGCACAGACAAAGUUGGUGCAGCUGGGCUUAAAGUCACUGUCAUAAAUAAUCACUGUGUGUUGGCAAUUAGCUUUUAUUGACAGUUUGAUGCAGAAAUAACGGAUAAAUGAUGAAAUAUAUAUAGAUGAAAAUAUCUUUUCAAAUGUGACAUUUGAACAUAAUGCCGCAGUAAAAAAAAGAAAGAAGAAAGCACCUAUAAUUAAUAACAUUAACGAAGUGCACAGUCCAGUUUACACAGCAGCCAUUUUGUCACAUCACAGCAGUAAAAUCACAGAUGUUAAUCAUGACAUUUUGUUUAGUUAUUGUAAGUCAGGAUAGUUUGACAGUGAUCCAGCGUGCACUCUGAAAUUGAGGAAGAUAAAUGGAACUUGACCAUCACUGAUGUGUUUACCUACACGUACCUAGGCUGUUAUUUUCCUGUUGAGGCAAAAUGGCUGCUGAUUUCACUGUGUGGACAAAGAUUCUUCACAUGGAAUUAUGUUUAAAGAUUAUAAAAAUAUAAGGAAUUGUAUUUAUUUAUUUUCACAGUUACUUUACAGCUAAUUUCUUGGCAAUAAGCUAUAAAAUGACUGUAUUUUACAAAUGUUAUUUACUAAUCUCUCUCCUCCUCCUCCCAACAGUACAGCUUGGCACCUGUUUGUUGUGCUGCUUUUGAUGGAGUCACCACCAUCACGCUCUCAUACAAGAGGAUCAUGGUCUGUAUCCGUGGACCAUCUGCCAGCUUUGCUGAAUCCAAAUGUUCUUCACAGUGUGAUCACACAAAACACUGCAGCAGCUCCAGCAUACACAGUCUCCUGCAACACUCAAGUCACACACACACAUGCCCCAAAAAUACACACAUGCUGCUAUUUCACUCAAACUAGAUCAUCAUUUUGUGGUGUAUUCCUGCAGUAAAUUGGUAAUAUUAGUAGUCUGCAAUUAAUAUAAUAUGUAAUUGCAUGAUAAGUAUUAAGAUAUAAGUCUUAGUUUACAUGGACAACAAUAUUAUAAUCCUAACCAGAAUAAGGUGGUAGUCUGAUUAGGACAGUGCCAUGUAAAUGGCAUUUUCUGAAAACCUUAACCCAAUUAAAACCAUACUUGGAACAGGCAAUAAUUAGAUUAAGAUAUGUGCGUUGUUGGGUUUUCUAAUCUUAUUGAUAUAACAUAGACAGAUUAUGACAUCCCGCUGGCUUUUACGGCAGCGGACACGGUGUAGAUGAGAGUCAUAAAUGGACUAUUCUCUGUAACAGGAAAUGCCAGGAAUAUCUCAAACAUGAAUGGAAUAUUCUAUGACCAAGGGCCCGUAAACAUCCUGAAGGGAACAAUAUCCCAUUCUGAAUAAGGUCAAUAUUCAGAAUAUUGCUGCAGGAAUCCACUGAAAACGUGUGGCACCUUUCCAAGAUGCUUCGAGAACUGUCGAAGUGAUUUGUCCAACCAUUGCAACAAUGCCCAAGUCCUAUUAUCCUCCAGAGUCCAACCUCAAGGCCCCAGAUGGGAUGAGGAAGACAAGGACAAUCAUUGCUGAAGAUCCUCACUGGACUCUGGCUCUCGUGCCUCGUCUGUCGAACCUCUGCCUGCAAAGUAUUGCAAGCAACUUUGAGGAAAACCCCAUAUUUGAACAACUCACGCCCAGUCAGAGACGCUUCAUCCAGGAGAGGCUCUCUCCCUCUCUGCCUCUGCACAUCACGGCCAACUUGAUCAGCGACGGCAUUUACUGGAAGCGGUGCUGUGAGCUGCGCUGGGAUCUUUGUGAUGUCUCACUCUAUGGCCACAGCUGGAAACGAAUGUUCUUCGAGCGAUGCCUGGAGAACAUGAUUGAGCUUUUUAUUCCAGAUGUAACAGAGCCCAAGACCAUUCUAGACAUGGUCCCACACUGUAGGAACUAUGUCAAGAGGCUGGACAUCUGCCAGCUGCUGACGCCUGUCAAGGAGCCCCAGAGGGCGGAAGAGGAGGAGUUGGCGAGUGAACAUGAGUAUGAAGGACCUUCGGUGGACCACUUUGACUUUGGCAUCCUGCUGGACAAGCUGACCAGCCUGGAAGAGCUACAUUUGGUGUACAGGGUCAAACAUUGUGGUAUGAACUUUGAAUGGAAGAUGUUUGAGAUGACUGACAGAGACUGUGAGUCCCUCGCCAAGGCCCUUAUGUCUUGCAAAACCUUGAAGCUUCUGAGGCUCCACCAAAGCCACAUCGAGGACAACAAGUGCCGCCUGUUGGUGAAACACCUGCUGGACCAUCCGUCCCUGAAGGUGCUGGACUUUUCUCACAACCUGAUUGGGGACAGAGGAGCCCGAGGUAUCGGCAAACUGCUCAGCAGAGGUAAUCUGGAGGUCCUGAACUUGUGUGACAAUGUAAUUAGAGACCACGGUGCCAAAGCUAUAGCUCAUGCUCUGUCCAAGAACUCAACCCUUUUGUCCCUCAACCUGCGUCUCAACCGUGUGAGAGAUGAGGGAGGUCAAGCCAUAGGUGAGGCUCUGCUGAAAAACAACACCCUCUGUCACCUGCACCUCGGAGGAAAUGAGGUGACUGCGCCCACAGCCGUCGCUCUGUCUGAAGCACUGGCCCAGAAGAACAUACUGAAGAGCAUCAAUCUCUCCUGCAACAACCUGGGUGAGGCUGGAGGUAAAGCUCUGCAGGGGGCGAUGUCUCUCAACACCAGUGUGACAGAGUGCGAUCUCCGCCUGACUGAAGUCGACGAGCAGAUUGUUGCUUUCAUCAACCAGGUGGUUUGGACGAAUGAGAGUUUAGAAGAAGAGAGAAGAGCUCGGGAAAAGACAGACAAGUAGACAUCAACACGCCCUCUUUGCAAAUCAGUCUUUAGUAGUUGUUAAAUUUCUUAGGGAGAUUUAACCAGAUUUAUUCUAAAACACAAAAUGCAAAAGUUGUACUUUAUUUUGGUGAUUUUUGGACCAUUUCUAAUGAUCUAAAGAGUCAAACAAUGAAUUUGACACAUCCAUAUAAAUUGGAACUCCCGUUCUAAAGCCUCCAGAAUUCCUAUUUAACUGGUGUUGAGUUUUCUCAACCAGAAAUUCGUAGCCAUCAAGUGCAACCAGGCUCCUGUUGUACGAUACCAGCUGUCAGUCACACUAAUGUCCACUCAUGUCGUCUCUUUUUCUCUAAAUGGGAUUAAAAUUCACAAAAUUUACAUCAUGUUUUAUUAAAAAAUACCUGAAACUAGAGAGUGACACCAGAAACCUAUCAAUCGUGGUACAUGGUACUGAAAAGUAGGCUAAUUUCCCCAUAGAUUCCAUUAAAAAAAAAACUAUUUUUUGCAACCACCAAUGGAGUUUCCCCCUGGUGGCUAGUCGGUAUGUUGUUACUUCUGGGUUGGCUUCAGUGAGGAAACCAGAAGACAACGUCCAGUUUUUCUGAAUAUUGCUUUACAACUUUACGUGCACAUAUGCAGAGACAACUUUUGCCAUAAAGACUUCCAUUUUUGUCAUAACUAUAUGAACAUGGGCUCUGCAGCUCAUUCAUUCAUUCAUCUUCUACUGCGUUAUCCUCCACAUGAGGGUCGC